AGAUGAAUUAUGUAAAUAAUGCCGUAUAAAAUGAGAUGAGUGGGAGUAUAUUUUUACUGCUAUCCAGCAAAUCUUCUUUUAUUACUCUUUCUGUACCGUAUAACCUACCCAAAAACCCUUACUCUGCUUCCAAAUUCUCUGUUUGAUUUUCAGUUGUUUGUCUAAAAUGGUGGCAAAAUCGAAGGGAAAAGCAAGCAAGAAAGUUGUGAAAGACGAUCCUUUAUCUGUUUAUGAAUUUAGUGAGGAUGAUUUAUCAUUAAAGAGAGUAGUUGUACAAAUUGCUCCCGAUUCCAAGUUGCAUUCAAACCCUACUAAAUCUAAAUCUGUUGGCCAAAUCUCCACUGCAAGAAAGACUCGAUCUGUUGGCCAAAUCUCCACUGCAAGAAAGACUCGAUCGCAGAGUAAAGCAGGUGUGAAGGGUAAGGGUACUGAAUCUAAUGUGAAGAAGAAAUUGCUCAAAUCGGGCAGAGGGAUAGGUGGUUCAGUGAGAGGCAAAUUAGCUGUCAAACGGAAGCUGAUGAAGUGUGUUAAUGCUGCUCGGAAAAAUAAGGGAAAAUCUGUACAGGUGUAUGCUGGGGAUGAAGUUGUUAGAUCAAAAAAGAGAAAGGUGGAUCGUGGAGAUGAAUUAAUCGUACUAAGCCCUUUAAGACCCUCUUAUUUGAAGACUUGGGAUUUCUACGUCCCACCAAACAGUCAUUUCCACACGCGUAUAAGUUCGCACACAAAUUGUGAUGUUGUUAACUUGUUGAAAAGCAAGUUGGAUGAUAGACAACUCCAGAUCUUCAGGGGAACCCCAUUCGGGUACUUUCUAGAUUUGCCUCAUGUAGUUGUUCAGAACCAGCUUAUACACUCCCUAUUGCUCAGGCAGAUAGUUCCGGAAAGAGAGGAUGAAUUCUGGUUUAAAGUGAACGGAACCAAGUUGCGUUUUGGUCUGGUAGAAUUGGGGAUUAUUACUGGUUUGCGAUGUUGUGGUGAUGCUGAUAAAGGUUAUGAAUCUAGUGGUACCAAUAGAUUGAUGGAUAUGUACUUUUCUGGACUUGAAAAGGUACCCAAGCAAGCACUGAUUGACUGCUUCCUCCAAAAGAGAUGGAAGUCGGACGAGGAUGCGGUCAAGAUUGCUGUGUUGUAUUUCAUACACACAUUCUUGUUCUCAACUGCUAAUAGCAAGGCAUUCAUCACAAAGGCUGAUUUUUGUAUUGUUGAGAGUGGGGAUUAUGAGACAUUCCCUUGGGGUAUACUUGUAUUAAGAGCAAUGAUGGAGUCCAUAAACAAUAGGUUGCGUCCAGGUCUAAAGAUGUAUAGGAUUGGGGGUUUACCUUUGGCUUUGCAGUGCUGGUUCUAUGAGUGCUGCACUAAUGUUGAUGGCAAGUUGGCUCAUCGGGUUGACAACAAAGUGCCUCGUAUUCUUAAUUGGAAAAUUGUAAAGCUACCGACCUUGAAUGAGUUGUCUCGUGGGUUAUUCAAGAUCAACAAGGACAAGUCGAAGUUCAAGAAUAUUUCUCCGACGGAAUUUGAGCAGGUUCAUUUGGAUUUGCCUGAAUCAUCUGGAAAUCCAAAUGAUACAGAGGUUGCAUCCAGAGAUCUUCCUGAAGUUUAUCCUAGUGAUGAUGACUUUAGCACUCCUCCUAAAAAAAGCAAAAAUUUGCGUAAAACCACAUUUGGUCCCCCAAUGAAUAAUUUAGAGAGGAGUGCCGAGCUCAAACUACUUUCUGAUGAACAGUCAGAGUUGAAGAGUAAUAUUCGAGAGAUCUUUAAAGCAACCGAGUUGCUUAAGGAACAAAUGGUGGCGUCAUUUGCAGAUGUCUUUAAAGCAAUCGAGUCGUUGUCGAAGAAACAAUCAGAAAAGGAUAAUUCAGAAAUUGAUGGAAGAGAUGGCCACCAUGACAGACAUGGUGGUGGCGAUUCCGGUGGUUUUAAAGCUAAUGAUGACCAUGGCAGUGAUGGCCCCGAUCGUGUCAAGGACUCCCUUGGUAACAAGGAGAAUGGCGAGAAAGUCAAUAUUGGAGCCUUGAGUGGAAUUACAAAUGGAUGAGGAAAAUCUAUUUUCCCUGUCACAUAUUUAAUGAGGUUAGGUGUGAUAACUUAGCACUCCUGCUCAUAUCAAUGAUCAAGCCAACAAGCCCUUGGAUACGGCCCUCUUUUUUUAGUAAAGUUUGCUUUCACGACACUAGAAGUUUGACGAUGAUCUAACUGAAGUUAUUAAGUAGGUUCUUGAGGUUGCAAAAUCUGUCACUGUGGAAAAGCAAGAUAGAGCAGCCAAAUGCAAGCUCUUAGUACUGUUCGAGUUCUGUCCAAUUUGGAAUGUUCAUACACUGUUUAAGAUGAAUUUGGAAUCUUGAAGGAGAAUGAGGUCUUCCCUAUUCAAUCCACAUCAGCAGCGACUAUUUCAAUCGGAUGGUGUAAUAGACAUUACUCAAUGAGAGUGACAACCGUAGGGUGUAAUGCAGACCCUGGUUGUCGAUUGGGCUUCGUGACCAAAUAAUAUGGUUGCUGCGUCAAAAGCUGUCUGUUUCCUUUCAGCAAGUUAGUUGUAACUUAGUCCUAGAACUUGCUUUUGUAAUUUAUAGCCCCAUCCCUUUCUAUCACAAAAGCAUUUUUCGCUGUGUGUAUGUGUGAAGUUUUUUCGAUUCAGUUCUAUGCAAUCAUAAGAUUUUCAUAUUAA